AUGGCGCGAAACACCGUGUUCCAACAAGCGAGCCAUGUCGGCGAGGAGGAGGAGCCCGAGGAGAGGCAGAUCGCCGUCGACCCCUUCUCGCUCCGCCAGUUCUCCCAGCUCAACAUCGACGGGCCGCUGCCCAUCCCUUCCGUCUCCGUCGACCACCGCUACCGCCACGACGUGCCGCACCCGCACCGGCCGGCUCUGUUCGCCGGCGCCAGCUCCAGCGUGCCGUGCUCCGCCGCGACGUCGCCGCGGCGCCUGUCCGCCGUGGUUGCGCCUCCCACCAGAUGGGACGCGCACCUGCCGGUCAUGGCGGCUCCGCCUACGGGCGUAGCGUCGUCGAAGGCGCUGGCGGUCAUGGCGCCUCCCAGGGCGGCGAUGUCGAGGAGCAGGUCCUGCGCCGGCGCCCCGGAGGCGGAUAUGGAGGACGACGAGUUCGACGUCAUCCUUUCGCUGUCGGAGCGCAAGGCGAGCGCACCGCAGCGGUGGGGCAGCGACGUGCCUCUCAUCGGUGCUGGCGACAGCGCCGAUGACUCGACAGGCUACGCCAUGGCGGACGGGCGCGGCAAGAACGGCCGACGCCGAAAGGCGAAGCGCGGAGGGGAAGCGGCGCCGUUCACGUGCUGCCCCUUCCUCCCAGGGCUCGGCGCCAGGAGGACGGCCAAGCAUCCACACCCCGCUGCGGCGCGCACGUCGUCAUCGUGUUCCUCACCGGCGACGACGUUCCACAGCGUCGGCAGCGGCGGCGGCUGCGUGGAGUCCGACCCAGGCACGGCGCGGCCGAGCACCAUGUCGCUUGCCGUGUCGCUCGAGCGGUUCGACUGCGGCUCGUGCUCGGCGUCCUCGCUCUCCGGCCUGGCCCUCGACGGCGAGCCGCCCUCGUCGUCGGCGUACUUCGACCUGCCGCUGGAGCUCAUCCUUGGAUGCGACGGCGACGACGAGGGAGACCUGCCGGUGCACGCCGCGUUCAUGUUCGACAGCGACGGCAUAAGGAAGAGCGUGCUCAGGAAGGGCGUGCGCCGCGCGGCGGCGGCGGCGGCGGCGCGGCCGUCAGUGGGGAGGAUGUCGACGGACGGGUCAGGGCGCAUCUCGGCCCGCCAUGUGAGGUUCUCGCUGACGUCAGGGUCUGCGCCGACAUCGACGCCGUCGUACGCGUCCGGCGUCCUCGCCGGCGAUCAUUAG